CCCUGCCUUCCAUUUGUGUCCCAUGGGUGGAGUCUGUCACUCUCACAAGCACUCUGUGACGAUCCUGCUUGGUCUAGGAGCUGCUCUGGAAGGCAUCCAUGCAGCAUCCCCACGAUGGCAGACUAUGUAUUUUGAAAAGGAUUUUCCAACAGGCUCUAAUUUGGUUUAACUCCCACUGAAUUCACAGUUAAGUCAGUGGUGGGAGUCUUCAAAAAAGAACACCCACGAGCCAGAGAAAGUGCCAUUUUUGGACAGUAUCAAUGCCUCCUCUGGGUAGAGGAGGUAGGAGGGAAGGCACUGCCUGCCUGGCACACAUUCCACAUCUCCUCACAGACAGUCACCUCUGAGAGACCUUUAUUCUUCUGCCCUCAGAACUGUGUGGUCACUUCCACCCGAGUAUUACCACCAGUGCUGGCAGCAUUUCAUACCCAGUUUUGUAGGAAUAACCUCACAGGAACAUGGCAGUGAGAAGUCAGAGAGCAGAGAAUUUUCCAGCAUGGCAGUGAGGUUGUUUGCUGAUGGAUUUUGAUAUACUUGAUUACCGAGCCAUUAAAAAAGUCUCUUUGGAAGUACUGUCUGCCUGCCAGCAUUUCCCCAGUGGGUACUGUCCUGAGCAUUUAUGUGACAGCUUACGUGCAGCUGGGCUCCAGCAGAGACUCAGGCCACCUGUCUCAGGCUCUGCAUCAGCAAAAGAAGCACAAACUGGGACCUCAGAGCUGCCAUUAAAGCACACCACGCUCAGCCUGCUGGUCACUGAGCCCUUUCCUCUAAGGGACACAGACCUGAAGGUUCUCAAGCAUCCAUCAGGAUUGUGUUUUCUUGCUUGUGUUACUCUGUCCUUCUGCUGUCAGCAUCUUCUUGGAGGGCUACCUGCACCUGCUUGCUCUCCUCCUCCAGGUAAAACUCAAAUUCACUUCCUUCCUUCCCCUACCACGACUCACCACUGUCAUGGGGUCGACAGCCCCCAUAAGCCAGCAGUGAACAUGAGCCAGCAGUGUGCCCUGGUCGCCAAGAAAGCCAACGGCAUCCUGGCCUGUAUCAGGAACAGUGUGGCCAGCAGGAGCAGGGAGGUCAUUCUCCCCCUGUACUCGGCACUGGUGAGGCUGCACCUGGAGUGCUGUGUCCAGGUCUGGGCCCCUCAGUUUGGGAAGGAUGUUGAGACACUUGAGCGCGUCCAGAGGAGGCAACGAGGCUGGUGAGGGGCUCGGAACACAAGCCCUGUGAGGAAUGACUGAGGGAGCUGGGGGUGUUUAGCCUGGAGGAGACUCAGGGGUGACCUUAUCACUCUCUACAGCUACGUGAAAGGUAGUUGUAGUCAGGAGUGGGUUUGUUUCUUUCUGGAGGCAGAGAGACCUCUCUUUCUUGUUCUCAACUGACAGAAUGAGAAGACAGUCUUAGGCUGUGCCAAGGGAAAUGUAGGCUGGAUAUUAGGAAAAAGUUUUU